AUGGACAACUUCGACUACUUGACUCGUGAUUGGUCCAUCCUGGGACCCCAUCAUCUCGAUGAAUUUGUUCGACUCUGGUCCGAGUAUGAUCCGGAAGCUAAGGGACGCAUUAAACAUCUGGAUGUAGUAACGCUUUUGCGGAAGAUCUCCCCGCCACUUGGAUUUGGAAAACUUUGCCCCCACAGAACUGCAUGCGUGACGCUCGUUCGAAUGAACAUGCCCCUAAACAGUGACGGCACAGUUAUGUUCAAUGCUACGCUCUUUGCCUUGGUACGCACAAACUUGAAGAUUAAAACAGAAGGUACGAUAAUUAGAUUCUCCCUUAAUGAGAACGGUAAUGACGAUGUGACUGUGGGCAAAUUCUACGCCACCUUCCUCAUUCAGGAGUGGUUUCGACGAUGGAAGCUGAAAAAGGCCGAGGAACACAAACACUUACCUUACUCGCAGGUGAGUCCCCUGCUUCCUUAUCCAUUGCAUUGUGCAGCGGCUAAAUUGCAGAGAACAACUUCUACACGACUAAUGAAAACCACACUCCCGUUAGCAGGGGAACAAAAAUCAAGAGCGUCACUCACUCCAGGCGAUCCGGGCACUGACGAUGGUGGCUGUUCAGGUGGGGAGGAUAAGCGUCAAAUGAGCCUUCUGGGAUCAAUGAUGCAUGCGCUGCAGCGGGUAGGCAGUUACCGCCGUUCUUCCAGUGUCAGUCAGCAGACCAACGGCUUCCUCUCGCCCUCCAAGCCCACGGUUGCGGCCAUGGCGGAGGCCAUGGUACCCGCACGCAUUAUUGCCCUCGGCAGUGCCGGUGCUGUUGGUGUUGGCGGCGGUGGCGGUGGCGCCUGUAGCAGC